AUGGAUCAAAUAACGCGCAAACGUUUUGUUUCAUUUUUCAAUAAUGCAUGUAAAAUGUACUGCUUACGGAAUGCACCAAAAGCUGAAGAAAUAACAAAUGGAACAUGCUUUGAUCCGGAAAGAAACAGUUAUUAUACUCCCAAAUUCGGCUUUUGCGUAUAUGGAAUUAAUUACGAAGUAAACGAUGACGCUGUUACUUUUGACGAAAAGUUAUAUUUUAAUUACGAUCAAUUAUUUAAUGAUGGCGAUAUGACGGUGGAUGAAUUUGAAACAGCAGCAAAGCCUUUAUGUGACAAAAUUCCAUAUGAUGAUAUCACUAAAUAUGUGACAUAUUACUACGGUGCUUGGGUUAAGACGAAAAACAAUACUUACAAAGAUAUGUUUAUUGGUUGCUGUAAGUUAUGCCAGAUGUUAAGUAGUAUCAAUUGGCUUAUCACAUUGAAAAUUCAAAUGAUGGCUCUAUCGAAAUUUGCUCUUAUACGAAAAGAUGUGUUGCUGUAUCAAAAAAAAAUGAUUUCUUUUUUUGAUACGAAUUAUUUAACGGCUGAAUAUAACAGAAUUCCGCCAUGUGAAUCGUCAAACUAUGAUCUCAUUCCUGUAUUACUUGGAAAUCCUAUUGGUUUUGCGAGUGGUUUCGAUAGAUUAAGUUGGGAAAGUUUACUAUUGCGUUCCAUUGCACCACACCGAGAACCUGUCACGUAUAUAGGUCGAUACACGUCCGCUAUUGCUAACGAGUACAAACAGAAUCAUUGUCUAAAUUCAUAUGCAUUAAAACCUUAUAGCGUAUGUCUUGUAUAUUUGUUAUUGACCAAAGAGUACGGCUAUGAAUGCUGCUGCUACGGUGACGAAAUUCCACAAUGUCAAGAACGGAUAAGGAAUGCAAUAAUAAUAGGUCCAAGCGUAGGUGUAUUUCGUAGAAGGAAAACACCUUGUGUCAUUGAUGAGGACAGUCUUGACCAUAAUUCAAAGUUUUGUGAACUUCACUUGAAAUUUAAUGGCACCGAACAAAUAAAUGUUUCGUUCAAUAGUAAUUUUACUAAGCAACGACUUUCAUUAUUAUAUCAGCAAGCAUCAAAGAUUACUGAACGGAUAACAAUUUCGCUUGUAAACAAAUCAUAUCGAGAGCAACAAUCAACGUCUAAUCAGUCCAUUUUUUGGAGCAUAAAUAAUAUGAAAGAUUAUGAUAGCGAAAGAGCGAAAGAUUAUUAUAAAAAAUUAAUUGAACAAAGCAUAAAUAUUACCAACUCAUUCCAAUGUGUCAAUUUGAGUAAUUGGGAUGCUCGAGCGCAUGAUAUCUUGCAGUUUAAUUGCGCACAACUUUUGCCGAUAGAUGCGCAAUGUCCUUUCAGUAGUUCCAGAAAUUUGGAGCAUCAGCAUAUCAUGUGUUGCUGUGGUCAUCGGUCAUUUUGCAACUACAAUGCUGAUAUGAUAAAACGCGCAUCUGCAAAAUCAUUUCCUGAUUUAUGCGAAUACAAUAACGAAUAUCAGUACUUUCUACAUGAUUAUUUUUAUCCCACCAAACUGGACGCCAAUCAUUCAUGCUUAUUGCAUUUCGUUUCCGGAAAUGCCCUUAAUGAUAUGAGCCAGCUUUUCUCAAAAGAAAAUUCUAUCAUCUUUUUUUUACCCGGCUCUGCUAUACAACCAAUUGAUUUUUCAUACGCAUUAUUAAAACCGAACGAAUGUGACUAUCUCGAUGUUGAUUUGAAGCAUGAUUAUCUUCGGACUCGUUAUUGCUAUGAAUCAACCAAAUUAUUGAAGUAUUUCGAAACGGAAUUCAUGCCGAUGAGAUUAUUCGCAUGUCGAUGUGAAACAACUCCCGGAGAGGCACGCUGCGAUAGCAUUCUGAAGCAGAACAUUGCUGAAAAGGCCAAAAAUUCUAAGCGAAAGUAUUAUUGUGCAGUAUACAGUGACCAGCAUUCAGUGAAAUUCAAUUAUAAGCCAAAAUUUAAAGUAAACGAUUUGUCACCAUAUUGUGCAACAAUGUUGGAUUUCAGAACAAUUGGCGAUAGCUAG